AUGGGUGUGAUAUCUAAAUUCGCCGCAGUCACCACCUUGACCACCCUAGCCACCCUGACAAACGCCUGGCUACCGGAAGAGAACAAAUCCAUCACCGCCAAAGAUGGCACAAACCUCUUCAAAUCCUCCAACGGCAAAAUCCGCGGCGUAAACCUCGGCUCCCAAUUCGUCUUCGAGCCCUGGAUCGCUGAGAGUGAAUGGAGCGGCAUGGGUUGCGGCGGAAAGAACUCGGAAUUCGACUGCGUUUCCUCACUCGGCCAAGACGCCGCGAACACCGCCUUCGCCAACCACUGGGCGUCUUGGACGACGCAGGACGAUAUCAAUGAGAUGGUGAGCUAUGGCUUGAACACCAUCCGCGUGCCGGUUGGUUACUGGCUGCGCGAGGACAUCGUUGAUGCCGACAGCGAGCAUUUCCCCCAGGGUGGACUUGAUCGGCUGAAGAAAUUGUGCGGCUGGGCUAGUGACAGUGGUUUGUAUAUCAUUAUCGACUUGCAUGGUGCGCCCGGUGCGCAGGAGGCGGAAAAUGCGUUCACGGGCCAGUAUGCUUCUGAGCCGGGCUUCUAUACGGAUUACAACUAUGAGCGUGCGCUCAAGUGGCUCGAGUGGAUGGUGGACCUUGUCUACCAGACGGAUGAGAUGAGGAAUGUGGGCAUGUUGGAGAUUGUCAAUGAGCCUGUUCAGGAUGAGGCGUCGGCGUCGUCUAUGCGGUCGAAGUAUUACCCGCAGGCUGUUGAGCGUAUCCGUGCCGCUGAGCAGAAGCUUUCCGUCGAUUCGAAUGACUACCUCCAUAUUCAGACGAUGGAUAAGUCCUGGGGCUCGGGUGAUCCCAACGAAUAUCUCGACGACUUGACCUACAUGGCCUAUGAUGAUCAUCGUUACAUCAAAUGGGAUACCAGUGUUAGCCCCUCGCAUGACAACUACAUCAGCACUUCCUGCGGCGAUAACCGCGAUAGCAACUGGCCCAACAUUGUCGGCGAAUGGAGUCUUUCUGUGCCGGAUGAUAUCGAGGCGUCGUCGGAUUGGGAGCCCAGUUCGAAUACCGACUUCUAUGGAAAGUGGUUUGCGGCGCAGGUUCACUCCUAUGAGAAGCAGCAGGGAUGGAUCUUCUGGACCUGGAAAUCUCAGCUGAAUGAUUACCGGUGGUCUUACCAGGAUGCUGUCAAGGCUGGGGUUAUUCCUAAGGAUUUGAACAGCGUGCAGAGUGUUUGCUGA